AUGAAGUUCACAUGGCUCCUUACGGCGUUUACCGCCAUUCUUUCAUGCAUGGCUACAGGUGCCACAGCUGCAGCUGCAGCAACGGAUCCCGCUGCGGAGGCCGCCGCGCUGGCCAUUGCUAAGAAGCUGUAUCCUACGUGUGCUCUCGUGUGCCUCUCGAAGCUGGUCCCAGCCUCUUACUGCAGUCUCACAGACACUGAGUGUCUAUGCACCGACGCGAAGCUCAACACCGCCCUCUCAGUAUGCGUGCUGCAAGGAUGCAGCCAGGAGGAUGCUCUCUUGACGAAGAAUGGCUCAUCAACAAUGUGUGGUGCCCCCGUACGGGAUGAAACAGCGACACCGACAGUUGUGGCUGCUGUGGGUUUUGGUCUGGCCGCCUUUGUGUACAUCCUGCGCAUGUGCUCGGCCCUGCCAGCAAAUAGCCGUGAACUAGGCUGGGACGACUGGACCAUCACAGCCACGUUGCUGUUUACCAUUCCGCCAACAAUCUUCGCGUUUCUUCUGUCCAACAACGGUCUGGGGAAAGACAUGUGGACCCUCCCUUUAUACAAGAUCGAGAAUGUUCUGUUUUACUACUUCGUCGGAGAAUUGUUCUAUUUUGCCGCACAGUCCAUGAACAAAAUAUCCAUCCUGGUGUUCCUCCUGCGAGUCUUUCAGCACAACAACCUGAGCAGGGCCAUUUGGGCCACAAUUGGUCUAUGCACAGCGUAUGCCGUGUCAUUCUUCUUCGCCACCCUGUUCCAGUGCUCGCCCAUCAAUCACGCAUGGCUGCAGCUGGAGGAGUGGCACCAUGGCCAGUGCAACAACAUCCACCUUCAGGGGUGGUGCAGCGCCGCUGUCAACAUUGUUUUGGAUAUCAUCAUCCUGGUGCUACCCCUUCAUGAGCUUUACAAACUGCACGUGAAUCUGCAGAAGAAGCUCAUGCUCAUGGUGGUGUUCUCGCUCGGUAUCUUCGUCACCGUGGCCAGUAUCAUCCGUCUGCGCACCCUGGUGUUAUUUGCCAACUCGACCAACAUCACAUACGACUACCUGGAGGCAGCCUACUGGAGCACCAUCGAGCUGUACGCAGGCAUCAUCACGGCCUCCCUGCCCGCCGUCUACAAGCUCUUCUCCAGCCUCGGCCUCGGCCCGAAGUGGUCGUCCGUCAAGAGCAAGAUGUCCGGCGGCGGCUCCUCCGGCAGGACGCCCGGAAGCUCGGGCUUGGCAUCGUCCGGGACGACGUCCAAGACGGACCGUCUCAAGCCCCGCCAGAUAUCGCUGAAGCGAAACGAGGAUGCCGAGUUUAUCCGGCUGACGGAUGUGGAAUCCGGCACGACUGCAAGUGGGAAAGCGUGGCAAUAA